UUGUACCAACAUUUGAACUCUCCAACUAUCUAUUUGAGCACUGAUAUCAUCCUCGCAUUUAAACACCGAUAUUCAAUUGACCUUCUGAGUCCGUCCAAAAUAAACACUACCAUCAGAUCCACUAUCGAACAACACAUCUCGCACUACCCAACACGCAGCAUGUCCACCAACAUUUUGGUAACAGGAGCUGGAGGCUAUAUCGGUGGUUCUAUAGUAGCAGACUUCCUCACCAGCACGCUCCCAUCGCUCAAAAACAUUCAAAUUACAGCUGCAGUGCGCUCCGACGAGCAAGUCGCCGCGCUACAGACUUUGAAGAACGUCAAAGUUAUACAGCUCAAACUUGAUGACGAGGAAGCCGUGGCGAAUGCGAUCUUGGAACACGAAAUCGAUAUCGUGAUUCAGACUGUGAGUUCUGUGAAUGCGACUCUGUCGCUACCCUUGGUGUCUGCACUUGGCAAACGGAAGGCGCAGACGGGAAAACCCACGUACUAUGUACAUACUUCUGGACUAAGCGCGUUCUACAUUGCUACCGGCUGGCCUGAGGGCAAUACUUCGGAUCGCGACCCGUUGUUUGAGACGGCGAAGGAGCUGAGGGAUUCGUUCCCGAUCCGCAACACUGAUGUUUCAAUCACCGAGAAGGCCAAAGAAGUCGGGGUGACGAGUUUCAUCGUCGUGCCUAGUCAAGUCGUCGGAAGAGGCACAGGCCCCUACAACCAACUCUCCGUCCUCACUCCUCGCUACGUCCUCGGUGCCAUCCAGCAAAAGAAGAUGCACAGGUUCCCCAAUGACACUGUUAUUCCCACAAUUCACGUCAAAGACCUGACGUCCCUCUACGCCAUCCUCGUCGACAAGAUCCUUACGAACCAAUCCAUCGAUGCCAAUGAACGUGGGUUUUACUUCGGAAUCUCGUUCAACCUCUCUACAGCGACUUUCCACGCACAUCUCGCGCCUGCUCUGAAGGCUAGGGAUUUGAUCCAAGAUACGAACAUCGAUAUUUGGUCGCUCAAGGAGGCGUCUAAGAUCCUAGAUGUUCCGGAAGGGGCAGUUGGAUUUAUGUUCAACAGCAGCGGCAUCAUCAAUCACCACACCCAAGAACGCCUCCCGGGUUGGCAGCCAGCGGUUACAGAAGAUGUGUAUCUGAAGAACGUGGAUGAUGAGAUUACCGAUGUGGUAGAGUUGGGUGAGGCAAAGAGUAGCUUACUUGCUUCUUUGAAGACGAUGUAGACUCUGGAAUACAAUCUUUGACCGUGAAAGACGAUGGGUGGUGUGAUGAUGCAGGGUUGGGUAUGACGUUAUGUGGUUACGAAGUUGGUCUUCUUCAUUUGUUGACGCAGUUCAGUAUGAAUAGAUAGAUUUAGAAUUCUAUUGUUCAUUGAAAUAUCUGACCUGGGUGGUGAGAUUGUCUUAUAAGUCGAACCCAAUGGCCACUUGCCAAAUCGACUGGCCUCAUAGCAGUGCCGAUAUGUUUUAUCCUUCCCACAC